AUGGCUAAUAUCUCUGCAGAGAUUGGUCCAGCAUUUAAUUACACUAAAUUCAGGGUUUCGGAAACAGAAGGAAUUGAUUUUCUGGGUGAUGCUACAGUUUCCGAUUAUGUUGUCCAUCUUACAAAUAUCAACAGCUCAGAGUACAAGCACUGUAAGCAAUCAUCCGGCAGAAUUGUUUGUGAUGGGACGAUCCAGCUUUCGAGCAUAGCCAGUUUCAGCACCCACUUUGUGUUUUCUAUGUACUCUCAUAAACAUGAUUCUCAGGGCGAGGGAAUAGCUUUCUUUCUCUCAUCUGAAGGAACCGCUUACUAUACGCGGAGUUGUGGGCUUUUUGGAGAUGAUGUUAAAGGUUGUUUUCGUCUUUGUGGAGACGAUGUUGAUAAGAUACCUGCUCUUUUUGCUGUAGUGUUUUCAAGUGUGCGGCACACUCUUGGAAUUUUUUCCCGAAGUUCUUCAAAUGGUUGUUAUAAUUCGAGCCACAAUAGUGUUUCUCCUCUAAACAACGGGACACUAUGGGAUGCGUGGAUUGAUUACAACAGCCCAGAACUCAGAGUAUAUCUUUCUAGUGGUUCUCCUAGUUUGAAGUCACCUCAGAAUUGCAUUUUUUCAGACCGCGUAAAAUUCUCUCAGUAUGUAAGGGGAAAUGUUUCUAUAGGCUUUUCGUCUGCGGUUCUAAAAUCGACGGAGACCCACAAUAUAUUUUCAUGGAGCUUCAACAGCACCUUGUACUCAAAAAACACUUUCAUUGUGACCAACAGCAGUCCAAACUGUCAAAACAAUUCAGUUGUGGUGAGCUCUAAGGAGAAAGGCCGUAAACAACUAUGUAUAUCUAUAAAAAGAUUUAUUGCUGCUGUAUCUUGCAUUGUGGCUUUUAUUGCAGGUGCGCUGUGCAGUUACUUUUCCUUUCUCAGAAGAAAGAGAGCUAAAUCCAUGAGAGGACAAAAGUUAGCAUGCAUUGAUCUUGAAAAACUUCUAUACCACAUUCCUCUACGGUUUAAGCUGGAUGAUCUCGUAGCCGGAACUCAUAAUUUCAGCGAAGCUCUAAAACUUGGGCAAGGAGGAUUUGGAGGAGUAUACAAAUCCAGUUUUCCUCAAAAAAAUGAGAUUGUGGCUGUCAAACGCAUUUCAGAAGGUUCGAAGCAGGGGAUUAAAGAAUUCAUUUCAGAAGUGAGUAUAGUUAGUCGUUUGAGACACAGGAAUAUUGUUCAACUCUUGGGAUGGUGCCACGAGAGAGACCAGUACCUUUUGGUCUACGAAUAUAUGUCUAAUCAAAGCCUAGACAGGCACAUCUUCACGAGAGGAGGAGAAGAAAAGCCUAAGGUGCUAAAGUGGAAUAUGAGGUAUAAAAUAGCUACUGAAAUAGCAAGUGCAUUGUUGUAUCUUCAUGAAGAAUGGGAUGAAUGUGUUGUGCACAGAGAUGUAAAAUCCAGUAAUAUUUUGUUGGAUAGCAAUUUUACUGCAAAGAUUGGAGAUUUUGGUUUAGGGCGCAUCCUGAGACAUGAGUGUCUAGCUCAGACCACCCGAGCUGCAGGGACAUUGGGCUACCUGGCCCCUGAAUGUGUAGCAAGAGGAAAAAUUGGUCCUGAAUCUGAUGUUUAUAGCUUUGGGGUCAUGGCUAUAGAAAUAGCUUCCGGCAAGCAAGCAAUAGAUGCAAGCUUGGUAGAAUUUGACAUGCGGCUUGUAGCGUGGGCAUGGGAUCUGUAUGGCCAAGGAAGUCUAUUGGACGGUGCAGAUGUAAGAUUGAAUGGAGUGUUUGAAAAGGAAGAAAUGGAAAGAUUGAUGGUGGUGGGGUUGUGGUGUUCUCAUUCAGAUGCUGCUAGUCGGCCCAAAAUGAGGCAAGUGGUGAGAUUACUGAAUUUUGAAGUUGCAGUACCUAUUAUUCCCAUUACAAUGCCUAUACCAUCAUAUGCUCACAGUUCAACUUCCAUGGGGCCUUCUAAUCCAGAGCAAUCCAUGACCACUUUGAGUCCAAGGUAG